CUCCUCCCACUUCCAAUAUGGCAGCCAUGGGAAGGAGAUAAGCGACGCCACGAAUUUAGGGUUUUUUUCACGAAAUAUUUGUGGUAUGGAAAGCUAUAACGUGUAUGUUUUCGUUGUGACAGCAAUAUUAUUCGUCUGUGCCAAUGUCUCGUUUGAGAAGAAGUUUUAAAGGUUUCAAAAAUGCAAUGUUUCUCAGUGGGCUAAGCUAGCAAGCAACGGUUAGCAAAUAAAUGAACUUGUGUCUCCUUACUCAUAAGAAGGAAUCAUUCGUCCUGCAUACAUCUUUCUAGCUGCUCAGUUUCAUCAUGGCCAUCUCUCAGUUCCGUCUGUUCAAGAUCUGCACAUGCUUAGCCAGUUUACUCUCCCUUUUGAAAAGGCUGAUAUGCAGGAGUGGAAGGGGCCGCAAGCUCAGCGGAGAUCAAAUAACUCUUCCAACAACAGUUGAUUUUUCAUCAUCUUCACCAAAACAGCCAGAAAUUGAAGAAUGGAGUUCCUGGGAUGAAGAGGCUCCUACAAGUAUUAGGAUUGAAGGUGGUAAUGGAAAUGUGUCCCCUCCUCCCAACGAUGCAGACGAAGAGCCUGAUUACUUCAAAGACAUGGCUCCUACCAUCAGGAAGACGCAGAAGAUUGUGCUGAAAAAGAGGGAGCCCUUGAACUACCUGGUGCCUGAUGGAUCAGCAGGAUUCUCCAGCAGGCUGGCAGCAUCUCAGGAUGUGAUGACCUUCAAUCCGCCCUCUGCUGAACUGGGAGAAAUGGAAACCUGGCAGGAGGACGCUAAUGCCUGGGAGGAUGAGUCUGAUGCUGCCUGGGAGGCAGAGGAGGUGUUCAGGGAACAAAAGAUGGCUGAGAGGGAAAAGCGCUUCAUUGAACAGCAGAAGAAGAAGAUGGAGAAAGAGGCUCAGAGAAUGCUAAAGAAGGAGCAAAAGAUUGCAGUCAAGCUCUCAUAACAUUUUAGAAAUGCUCAGUUUUGAGCCACAGGGAUUGGGGUGCAGGCACAGACAUCAAAUGUAUCAUCAGUCUUUGAAGUCCUACCAACAGGAUCAUCAUCAGUCACUACUUUAUCUGUUGACAAACUACCCUCCUCCUCCUAUAUCUACCAGCAGCCUUUUCAGUUUGUUAUGCAACUGCACUGUUAAACACAUCAGUCUCGAGCAGAUUAGGCACCAAAGUGUAGAUUAAAAUUCAAACACACCUAUAGAAGACCAUUAGGUUCUGACCUAAUCUGGUUCAUGGCAUGUAAUGUUUUCUUUCUCAGAACCAUUUAUAAAAGGAAAGUGAGUUUUCUCUGCCACUUUGAAAAAUUCUAUAAUAUUAGUAUUUCUUUCUUUUAAUGGCCUCGCAUGAAAAAAAGGAGUGUAAUUUAUAGAUUGCAUCACUGUAAAUCAGUGUCAUCCAUUUGUUUGCUAAUUACUGUUUUUUUUAAUAUUUAUGUCUUUUGGAGUCUGUAAAUUAAAUUUUUUUUCUAAUGAUCGGGGCUUGAUUUUUGUCACCUUGUGCUGUGAAGCCAUUACUACACUGGAAAUCAGCGUUUAAAUGAAAGCUGGAGCUUUUAAACUUGGUGCAGAUGGAGAUUAAUAGAUUGAUUUAUUCAAACUAUGAAUGAUGGCUGUGGGUUCCUAUGGCAACCUAAUGGCUGCUGGUUUACCAUUCAUUACUAGGCAUUUAUUUCUUAAUGUUAAUGUUAAUUAUCCAGUGAUUGGUGGAUUUCUGGGUGGAGGAAAUAUUGCUUUUCCUGUUUUGAUAUGAUUGGCAAACAUACAUUUUCUAAAAUAUGGACCACCAGUGCAAUAAAGGAAAUUGCCUCACCCAAGAAGAGGAUUAUUAACUGGAGGUUUAAUGUGUUACUGUAAGAAAGAAGUCCUGACCAUUGCUUUAACAAUGACUUCUGUUAUCAUGACAACCUAACCAGGUGAAGAAUUUAAAAUAUGUAUGCAUGAUAUUUUAUUUAAGCAUUUUAAAAGCUCCAUGGAAGCAAGUCCAAGGAGGCAAAUUGUUUCUUGCAUUGUUAAAAAAGGUUUGCAAAUCGUAGGAUGUUCUUAUUAUUUAUCGGGUGAUUAAGUGAAAACUCAAGAGAUCUUGAUUGUUUUUAACCUAAAUGGGCGGGUGCUGAUGGACAGUUUUAAGAACCGUGUUGAAACUGGUGUUUAUUUAUUCGGGGAAAGGUCAGCUUAUCUAAUUUUUUUCCACUGGGUUUUCAUCAAAAACUAUAGCAUUUACUUAUUUUUGUUUUGGUUUGUACAUCUUUCCCAGAAAUAAAUCAUUGCUGUCUCUGUUUUUAAUUUUUCUCACUGUAUGGCCUGAUGUUCAAAAGGAUGGUGUCUGAGCAUAAACAAAGACUUGCUCUGAGAAAUGAGUUGACAAGCCUUGUUCAGAUAUGACAGAUUGUAAAUCUGGUGUACAAGUCCUAAAGUUUUUUUUAAUAAAGACAUUGAUUCGUA